GCCAGGGUGUGGCGUGAGGCCCUGAGGGCAGAUAAGCGACGGAGUAAAAAACCAUGUAUCACCAUUCGAGCAGUUCGCGUCCCUCUCUCAUGUUGAAUGCCUCUCCUGAUGAUCCGCUCGUGGGGCGCCUGGUGUGGAAGCGCAGGCAAAUGGCUCCCGGACAGCCGGACGAAAUCAUCUGCGGUCAGCACCUCACCGCAUUCAUCGAGAUCCAGCAUAUCUGCCGACACUGUGUGUGUGUCCUCAGGUUUGGUUGUCGGUCGUGUGGCUCAGCAGCGGUGGAUGACUACCAACCUGUCGACUGCCUCAGCGUAUUCCAUCCUCUUUGACGACGGGCGGCUGGAACUCCUCGGGCGGGAGGCCCUCUGCCGCCAACUGCGUCAACAGCUCACAGAUACGGCACAGAAGCCGCCACCAGCCAGUCGCUCCACCCUCCCACCGUCACUCGCGCCCGACCAAGACGCCGUGCACCACGUCAUGGCGGGCGCUGGGGGGACCACCACCACCCCUGCUGCUCCCUCUUCCUCCCCUGCACCACCACCGACAGUCGACAUGCGCCAGGGCACUCCCGAUGGACGCCUCACCAUGGCGGCACUUCUGGCUUCCAUGAGCGCCCCUCAGCAGCUCGCCCAGCAGUCGCCAUCGUCCCUCAUCAGACAGAUAACAAUGCUGCAACACGUGACUAAUACGCAACAACAACAACUAAUGCAACAGCAACAGCAGCAGCAGCAGCAGCUGCUGCCAGCAGCGGAGGAUUCAAAGGACGACUCGAAGCCGCAAGAGACAGAAAGUGAGGAGAGUAAUCCGAGAUGGGAGGUUGCUAUAAGUUGUUUGUUGUAUGUUAUGUGCAGGGUUUGGUGAGGUGGUUUGGUACCGGUUCAGAGGUCGCAUGCUGCCAGGACUCGUUGUUGACCCGGACGACAAAAGUAAGACAAGACAGCGCACACACACACACACACACAGAGAUAAGAUUGGCACCAUGUGGGUGCGGUCUGCGUUGCUGAGCAGAUCCGCGCGUCAGGUUCGGCCCCGACGUCUUAGUACUGAGAAGACCCGACGCACACCUGAGUAGGUCAAGUACCUGCCUGUCAGACACGCCCGUCACUGUCUGUCUGUGCAUUCUUGCUUCUCUCGCUCGUGUGUGCAGUCUUGUCGUUGGACGACAACCAGUACGUGUGGACAACGGUGGGCGGCAACAGGGUCAUGGAUUGGAAGUCAGACAAGAACUUCGAACUCUUUGGGCCGCGCAUGGCCAAGUCGCAGGCCGGCACCAAGGCCGUCCAGGUCGCUAUCCAGCUGUCGGGCUGGAAACCAUCAGAGGAGCUUCUCACAAGAGCGUGAGCACAUACAGAGCACUGCAUCCCGAUUUCUACAUCUAUCGUCGUUAUCCACCCGUGCAGCGGUUUCCACGACCUGGAUCUUGAGAGUGAGGAAGAUGAGCUGAGCAGCGAGGCUCCUCCGCCUCCCAAAAGGCGCGGCCGUCCCCCCAAGCGUGGCCGUGGCGGGUACCACGUUGGAGGGAAGCGUGGCCGGCGAGCGGUGCGAGUAGUGGAGGAGCACCCUGAGGAAGAAGAAGAAGACGAUGACGACGAGGACGAGGACGAGGUGGAGGCGGCGGGCGGACAGCCAGUGGGUCAAGGCGACAGUGGCAACGAGGGUGAGGGCAGCGAAGGGGAUGAUGAGGAUGACUCAGAUGAUGGGGCAGAUGCGGCGCCGACUGACUGAUCGCUGAUUGGACUGACCCGAUAGAUAGAUCUGCGAUUGGCCAGUGUGUGGAGGUGGUUGCGGGGUGUGACGAUGCAUGGUGCGUGUGGUGACGGUGCAUGGCACAAUGGAGGCCCCCAGAGGCCCCCACCGGGAAAGUCCUGCUUCGCGCACAUGAAGUUUCCC